AUGAGGUGCGUAUUAUUUACACUUUAUGUCAUUACUUCUUCUUUUUUGACUAUUGGAGGGACGAUGAAGGACAAAAAUAAGUGCACUUUUAGGUAUUUUGAAGUGCUUCCAAUAGAUCAUGAGCCCGAAUACCAAAAUGGCUACGUUUGUGAUAUUUGUUUUAUGGAGUACUCCGAGGGUCCCUUUUUCCAUUGCUCAAAGAGCGGAAAAGAUGUGUGUCUGCGCUGUGGCGGUAAAAUGGGGCUUACUCCUUUCACUGCACUGGUGAGCAAGGUAAUGAGGCCUACUGUCUACUGGAGUGAGAGUGAGAGCUCUAGAGCAAUUGCACUUUGCUACCAGAUCCAUCGAGACAUUCUUGGGUGCCAUUUCAUCGAUGGCGCCAACCUUCUUAUAUCUACUCGUGACGAUCUUCCAAGUUACUUUAUUGAUUCGAAUUCUUGCAUUGAAAAAUCGAUCGUGUUGUCGAGAUCUGACAUAGAGCGUAGGUUUCCAUGGGCUGGCGAAGUUGCGGAAGUGAUGGGGGUAAAUGCUGUUAGUUUCCAUGAGACAUCAGCUUGUAAUGAUCAGUCACGUUUGUGCUUUUUAUCCUCCUUCCGCGUAGAAGGAGCAUUCAUAGAAUUCCGGUUUUCCGAUGGUUUUUGUGAGUUGGUACAUUGUGAAAAUGGAACUAUUGUUGCUAUAAGAGAUUCCGCAGUCCUUUCUUGCUUCUUGAUGGGGUUGCCUGUACGGUGGGGUCGAUCUCUUCCGAAAGCAGCUAGCUCAGUCUUGGAAUGGUAUUUAAAAGGAGGACAAAGGUAG